GGCCACCAUGGAGACACUGUCGCAGGACUCCCUGCUGGAGUGCCAGAUUUGCUUCAACUACUACAGCCCACGCCGGCGGCCCAAGCUGCUGGACUGCAAGCACACGUGCUGCUCGGUGUGCCUGCAGCAGAUGAGGACCAGCCAGAAGGACCUGCGGUGUCCCUGGUGCCGCGGCAUCACCAAGCUGCCGCCGGGCUACUCCGUGUCACAGCUGCCUGAUGACCCUGAGGUGAUCGCCGUCAUCGCCAUCCCCCAUGCCUCCGAGCACACCCCUGUCUUCAUCAAACUCCCCAGCAACGGGUGCUACAUGCUGCCCCUUCCUCUCUCCAAGGAGAGGGCCCUGCUGCCGGGAGACAUCGGCUGCCGCCUCCUGCCUGGCAGCCAGCAGAAGUCCCUGGCAGUGGUGACGAUCCCGGCGGAGCAGCAGCCGCUGCAGGGCGGCCUCCCCGCUGAGGUGGGCACGGAGGAGCCCGACCGCAGAGGUGUGGUGAAGAGCUCCACCUGGUCGGGGGUUUGCACUGUGAUCCUGGUGGCCUGCGUCUUGGUCUUUCUCCUGGGCAUCGUCCUCCACAACAUGUCAUGCAUUUCCAAGCGCUUCACGGUGAUCUCGUGCGGCUGAGGCGUUGUGGAGGAAGCCCCUGGGGGGCCCACCCAGGGGUUAGGGUGGUGGUGGUGGUGGGAUCGAGCAAGACAAUUCACUGCAACUUUGGCCGAUGGCUGCAGGACGCUUUGCUCCGAGAUGGCGGUGCGCCGGCCUGGCCCCAGCCCUUGGCGGCCUGCGGAGAAAACCAUGUCCCCUGUCUGAUGGUAACAGCACUGAGAAGGACUGCAUGCGUCACCAUAAUCAUUUAUCAAAGGGACUGUAAUUUACGGUGAUUUUUAUUGUGUUAUGAGAUUAAAGACAUCUACAUAGCGGGUUAUACUGUAAAGUAUGUGGUAAGAGCUCUUCUCUAACCACAGUAGAUCAAAAUCAAAACUGCUCCAUGUAGAAUUAAAGGAGAACUGGUGUGUGACUCAGUGAAAGGUGUUUGAUACCAACCCACGUGUUAUUUUUUAAUUGAGGGAGGGAAGGGGGAGACUUGUAAAACUGAGAAAUCAUUUAGCUGGCAAGGCAUUUUAUAUGUUUUAAACUGCACAUUAAUUAAACCAAGUUAGGAAGUUGUAUAAUAGUUUUUAAAAGGAAACAUUUUACAAGCAGUUGUUUGGUUCUGUGGUGUGUGUUUUUUGC